AUGUUAACGUACCGAGACGGUACUGCAGCAGAAGAUAAUCCUUCAUUAAAACUUCAUCCUAAUUCAUUUUUAAUUCAACUCUGUUCAGACGGGAUUGGAAUAACAAAUCCUCUAGGUCCAAAGAAGGACAAACAUAAACUUACUUUAUAUUAUUUCCUUUUAGAAGAUUUACCAGAUUUUGUAAAAUCUAUGUUGCAAUCGAUUGGUCUAGUUGGAAUAUAUCCGACAAAAUUCUUAUCGAUACAAACAAAUCGUAUGAAAUUUUUUGAACCUAUUAUAAAAGAUUUGAAUCAUUUACAAACAACUGGUUUAGUUGUUCAAACAUUCAAUGGACAAUUACAUUUUGCAUUUAGCUUAUUCGCAGCUGACAAUCUUGCAUCAAACGAAAUUGGCGGAUUUCAACAAAGUUUUAAUUCGGGACAAUUUUGUCGAUUAUGUCACAUUUCUUACAAAUUCAGAUUGAUUCCAUUAACAGAGAUUUCAUUUCUGCCACGCACAGUAACUACACAUGAUGCAUAUGUUCGACAAGCUGUAAACUUGUUUAAUACAAGACCUGUUGCUGGUGUUGUAGGCGAAAGUCCUUUGUCCAAAUUGAUUGCUUUUCAUGCAAUCAAAUCUUUGCCAAAUGAUUUGAUGCAUGAUUAUGCGGAGGAAGAGGAAAUCGAUGGAGCUACGUUAGCAAGAUUGUCAUACGAUGAAGUACGUACAUUAUUUCCAAAAUUAAAAGAUCGAAUAUUAUUCACUAAAAAACUUGAUUUAUUAAUCAAACAAUGUGAUAACAUUGCAAAUGAACAAUUAGGUGAUGGAGAUAUUUUGAAUCAAUCUAGCAAACAAACAUUUGAUACAUGCACGGCAUCACAAUCAACAACUUUAACACAAAAUUUACUAAAUAAUCCAUCAUUAUCUAGUAACAAUAUGAAUGGAGACGAAUUUGAUGCAGCAUCAAAUAUCGAUGAUGAGGUUAAUCAUGAUGAAACUGAUGAUUUAGAAGAACCUCAACAGAAUUUACCAACUGAUUUUGCAUUUUCAUCACUACCAGAAGAAAUACAAGUGAUUAUUGAUGAGAAUGAGUUAAUGAAACUCCGUGGACAUACAAAUCAUAGGCGAAUACUGCUCAACUUUGUGUUUAAAGCUGUUGCUACCACAUAUAAUUUAUUAUAUCCUAAAGCAAAUGAUUAUUUUUUAAUUACACAAGCUUUGCUCAAAGCAUUGAAUAUUUCAACAACAGAUGCAAAUGCAGCUAUUUAUGUUAGUACUAUUAUGGAUGAAAGUGAUGUUGAACAAUUAAUCAUAACAAUGAACGAAGGUAUUGAAAAUGAAACAAUACAUAACGACGAAUUAAUUACAUUAUGGAAGAAAACGUUUGGUUAUCGUCGGUCAUUCAUUCGUUCACACACAAUUAAUGAAAUACUAGAGAAAUUUCCUGGUUAUUCAUAUACACAUUUCGUAAGUUUAUUUUAA